AUGGGAGUGCCAGCUUUUUACCGGUGGCUCGCGGAUCGGUACCCGCUCUCGAUCGUCGACGUUGUGGAGGAAGACCCUGCCGCCGGCGACGGCGCUGUUGAUGUUUGUAAACCUAAUCCUAAUGGCAUGGAGUUCGACAACUUGUACUUGGACAUGAACGGCAUCAUUCACCCCUGUUUUCAUCCGGACGGCAAGCCGGCACCUGCUACCUAUGAAGAUGUAUUCAAAACAAUCUUUGACUACAUUGACCAUCUAUUUUCAUUGGUUCGCCCGAGGAAGCUUCUUUAUCUCGCAAUUGAUGGUGUUGCACCAAGAGCCAAAAUGAACCAGCAACGUUCAAGGCGAUUCCGAGCUGCAAAAGAUGCGGCAGAGGCUGAAGCUGAAAAGGAAAGGCUCAGGGAAGAAUUUGAGGGUGAGAUGGAACUCUUGUCUUCUAAGGACAAGCCUGAGACUUAUGACUCAAAUGUCAUUACCCCUGGCACUCCAUUUAUGGCAGUUUUGUCAGUGGCUCUUCAGUAUUAUAUACAGACUAGAUUAAAUUACAACCCUGGCUGGCGAAAUACAAAGGUUAUACUUUCUGAUUCAAAUGUUCCUGGUGAGGGAGAACAUAAAAUAAUGGAAUACAUACGAUCACAGCGUAACCUUCCUGGAUUUAAUCCAAAUACUCGUCACUGUUUGUAUGGAUUAGAUGCUGAUUUGAUUAUGUUGGCCUUAGCCACUCACGAGGUUCAUUUCUCAAUAUUGAGGGAGGUGAUCACUUUCCCUGGACAACAGGACAAGUGCUAUCAGUGUGGCCAAGUUGGUCAUUUUGCAUCUGAAUGUCGUGGUAAGCCAGGAGAGAAAGCUGAGGACUGGAAUCCAGUUGAUGAUACCCCAGUUCACAAGAAGAAAUAUCAGUUUCUUAACAUCUGGGUGCUGCGUGAAUAUUUGCAAUAUGAAAUGGAGAUCCCCAACCCUGCUUUUGAGAUUGACUUUGAACGCAUAGUGGAUGAUUUUGUAUUUCUAUGCUUCUUUGUGGGCAAUGACUUUCUUCCUCAUAUGCCGACAUUAGAGAUCCGUGAGGGGGCUGUAAAUUUAUUGAUGCAUAUAUAUAGAAAGGAAUUCACAGCCAUGGGUGGUUAUCUUACUGAAGCGGGUGAGGUUUUCUUAGAGAGAGUAGAACAUUUUAUUCAGUCUGUUGCUGUUCAUGAAGAUCAAAUAUUUCAGAAACGAGUUCGCAUUCAACAGGCUGCAGAAUUUAAUGAAGAGAUGAAAGCUAGGGCAAGAGGAGAAAUGCCUGAAGAACCACGGGCAUCAGUUUUUUCGGACAAGGUUAAGUUAGGAGAGCCUGGAUACAAGGAAAGAUAUUAUGCAGAAAAAUUUGGUGCAUUGGGUCUUGAGGAGAUUGACAAAUUCAAGAAAGAUACAGUCUUAAAAUACGUAGAAGGCCUUUGUUGGGUUUGUCGGUAUUACUAUCAGGGUGUCUGCUCAUGGCAAUGGUACUACCCAUACCAUUAUGCUCCUUUUGCUUCUGAUCUUAAAGAUCUAGCUGAUCUGGAAAUAACUUUUUUUUUGGGAGAAGCAUUUAAACCAUUUGAUCAACUAAUGGGGACCUUACCCGCAUCAAGUUCAAGUGCACUGCCUGAAAAAUAUAGGGAUUUGAUGACUGAUCCUUCAUCACCUAUUCUUCAAUUCUACCCUGCUGGUGAGAUCACUUGUCCGUUAUUGACAUAUUCUGCUAGAUUUUACAGAGUUUCUGGAAUUACUUGUGUUGCUUUUUUGACAGAUUUUGAGAUUGAUAUGAAUGGCAAACGAUUUGCUUGGCAGGGUGUUGCCAAGUUGCCAUUUAUUGAUGAGAAGAAAUUGCUCGCGUCGACAAGCAAGCUUGAAGGCACAUUAUCGGUGGAGGAACAGCUCCGAAAUAGUAAGAUGCCGGAUUUGCUUUUUGUCAACGGUGGGCAUAAUUUGGCUCCACAUAUCUUAUCGUGUUACCAAUAUUCUUGUCAAUUGUCUCUGCAUGAAAGACCUGCUCUACCGAUUGACCCAAGUGCUAGUGAUGGUAUGAAUGGAUAUCUCUGGUGGUAUGAAAGAAAUGUGCGCAGAACCAUAGUAUCCUCUCCCAUCAAGGGAUUGCCAGACAUAGAGUUUAAUCAAGUUUUACAUAUUCCGCAACCUCCCAAUGGCGUAUUAAUGCCCAAAAAGAUAUUAAAAGCCAUUGAUAUUAAACCCUCUCCAGUGUUAUGGCACGAAGAAAAUAGUGGUCGACGACAUGGUAGGGAAAGCUCUUACCUUUCUUGUGCGAUGCAUGGCGACAGACCACAAGUACAUGGAGCAAUGGCUGGGCUUCAACUGGGAGAAGCAGCACAUCGUCUUGUCAAGAACUCCCUCAAUAUUAGAUCAAAUAAUGCACCAUAUGGAUUCCCAGAGCAGCUUCCAGGUCAUUAUGCAAUGAACAGGCCUAGGUUAGCUGGACCCUCUGGACCUGGGAAAUAUAAUGCUGAGGACACAAGCAGUUAUUACGGACAUUAUUACAAUCACCAGGGCAUGAUAACUAGGCCUAGAUAUCCAGUCUCUUCCAAUGGUGGGCAUAAUGACAAACAGAAUUUUAGGAUACAGGAUAGGUCACAGCAACAUGAACAGCACUACAACGGGAGAGGUGGGUUCUGUGCUUUGACAAUAGAGGAAGGUCCAAGACCAAGGCCAGUGCCUCCACUGAAGACACCUGUGCUGAUGUUAUCGAGGCAACCUAAUUCAGGGCCAACAACUAAUGUACAACAGCGAUUUUUGGGUCCUCCUAUACCUCCUCCAAAAUGGAUUACUAGAGCACCAGAUACGAAUGGAAUAUAUGCUAGGCAUCAAGAAGUUGCAAUUGGGGGAGCUUAUGAUAAGCACAUGAAGAAGGUGUACCAAGUUAGAAGUCGGCAACCCCAAGACAUGCCAGAGUACGGGAAUCAAUAG